UUCAGGGAUAUAUUUAAGAUUUUCCCUCUGACUUCAAGGCGGCCAUGAGAUACUGCCGGCGAAGCUCACUCUUGUUGUUCUUGAUGGCUUUUGCUUUGAAUAUUAAAGAACCCACACGAGCUCCCUUUUCUCCUUGCAUCAGCAACACCCCACCUGUUCUUUUUCAUCUCAAUUAUUGCCCUUUAAAAAGAAAAAAAAAUCGAGGAGGGAGCCGGUUGUGUGGUUGUGUGUUUGUGUGUAUAAAUAACAGCGUUGUAUCAUGACUCCAAAGCCGAGUUGAAUACAGGGUGUAGAAGAGAAGAUAGAAAGCAGAGAUCGAAGGAAAGGAAAGAAAUGGCAGCCAGCACCAACCCCAUCCCUUUACUCGCUCCAUACAAAAUGGGGAAAUUCAACCUCUCUCACAGAGUUGUUAUGGCACCAUUAACAAGGAAUAGAUCCUACAACAACAUGCCUCAACCACAUGCCAUCCUAUACUAUUCUCAACGCGCUACCAAUGGAGGCCUCCUCAUUUCCGAAGCAACUGGGGUUUCUGACACAGCUCAAGGAUAUCCUGAAACUCCUGGAAUUUGGACUGAAGAGCAAGUGAAAGCAUGGAAGCCAAUUGUGGAUGCUGUUCAUGAGAAAGGUGGCAUUUUGUUUUGCCAAAUUUGGCAUGUGGGUCGUGUCUCCACUUAUGAGUUUCAGCCGAAUGGGGAAGCUCCCAUAUCAUGCACUGAUAAAGGAGUGACACCAGGUCUUGACGGAGAAGACUGGUCACCUCCUCGUCGAUUAAGAGCCGACGAACUUCCUUGCAUUGUUAAUGAUUUCAGACUCGCUGCCCGCAACGCCAUUGAAGCUGGAUUUGAUGGAGUUGAGAUUCACGGGGCAAAUGGUUACUUGAUUGAUCAGUUCCUUAAAGAUCAAGUAAAUGACAGAACUGAUAAUUACGGUGGGAGCUUGGAAAAUAGGUGCCGCUUUCCAUUGGAAAUAUUGGAAGCUGUAGUUGAUGAAGUUGGAGCUGAUAAAGUUGGCAUGAGACUAUCUCCGUAUGCUAACUACAUGGAAGCCGUUGAUUCAAACCCAAAAGAACUUGGCCUUUACAUGGCAAAUGCAUUAAACAAAUUUGGGAUUCUUUAUCUCCAUGUAAUUGAGCCAAGAAUGGUUAAAGCGAACGACAUAUAUGAAACUCCUCACAGUCUACUUCCAAUGAAAAAUGCCUUUGAAGGGACUUUUAUAGCUGCUGGAGGAUACCGUAGAGAUGAUGGUAACAAGGCUAUAGCUGAGAAUUACGCAGAUCUGGUGGCAUUUGGAAGAUUGUUUCUGGCUAAUCCAGAUUUGCCAAAACGAUUUGAGUUAAAUGCUCCUCUUAAUAGGUACAACAGGAACACUUUCUACAUUCCUGAUCCUGUUGUUGGCUACACUGACUAUCCUUUCCUUGAUGUUCUGGCUUAAACGAACAUUAAUAUCGUUAACAGCAUGUAAUACGUACUGAAGUUUUCUGCUUCUUCUUCUGGUAUAUAAUAAAUGUUUCAGCAUGUAUAAAGUAUGGUGAUGGUGGAAGCAGCCGGCAAGCUUGUGUGAGGAGUGUUCAUAUUUUGUUUGUAAUCAAUGGAAAUAAUAUCUUUCUUCUCACUCUUUGAAUAAUCUAUCCAAGGAUUUUCUGUUUUUUGAA